AUGAGGGACCAAAUUAUUAUAGUAGGACCCGAGUGGUUCGAGUAUCAACUUAUUUUAGAGCUCUUGGUUGGAUCAUGCGAGUUUGACUUCUGUGUAUUGUAUCUCUUUACUCCGAUGAUUCACUGCAUUCCCGUUGCACUCGACAGAAACACUAUAACCAAAUUGAAGAAAGUCUGUGUCAUCCGUGAGGAUGAAAACGAGCCGUCUGAGUAUCUAACCUUGGAACAACUGGACGCGCCUACCACUAAGUUGGCCAAAGCGGUGGCGCAUUCACUCGUGGAGAAACAGGGAUUGUUUACAGGGUACUAG